CCGCUAUCUAUAUUAAGGGGCACGGAGCUCAGUUGGUUUGCACACAGACUCUUUCACCAAACAAAAAGCGCUGCAUCGACUGCUACAUUUGCCGAGUUUCACUUCCGCCCCGCACACAUUGCACCUAGCGAGAUCAGAGUCAGAUAGAGAGAGCGGAAACACUGAACCCUGAAGUCUGAACCCGGGUCUGGCUGUGAAUGAUCCCAACUGCCCUGCAAUCAUAUUGAGGUUCAGAUGUCCAAAGCCAUGGAAGGGCCAGUAUGCCUCAUUAGCAGCGAUUCUGAAGGACGCCUAUGUAUUGUAAAGGAAUCUAAAGAGAUACUGGAGGGGAUCACUCAACCAGUUAUUGUAGUGUCUGUGGUGGGACUUUACCGCACAGGAAAGUCUUACCUCAUGAACCGCCUAGCAGGACAACAAACCGGCUUUGCUCUGGGCAGCACUAUAGAGUCAAAAACUAAAGGCAUCUGGAUGUGGUGUGUUCCACACCCCAUUAAACAAGGACAUACUCUUGUGCUACUGGACACUGAGGGACUCGGGGAUGUGCACAAGGGUGAUGAAAAGCAUGACACAUGGAUCUUCUGCCUGGCUGUCCUGCUCAGUAGCACUCUGGUCUACAACAGUCUGGGAGUUAUUGACAACAAUGCACUUGAAAAGCUACACUAUGUGACAGAACUGACUGAGAACAUUAGAGUAAAAGCAACGAAAAGUAGGGACCAUGAUGACUCAGCAGAAUUUAUGCGAGUUUUUCCUUCCUUCAUCUGGACUGUACGAGACUUCACACUAAGGCUGGAGAAGGAAGGCAGGGCCAUCACAGCUGAUGAAUAUCUGGAAGGUGCUUUGGAGCUUAAAGCUGGUAAUUCAUCAAAAGUUGAGAAGUUCAACCUGCCCAGGCGGUGUUUGCGUCACUUUUUCGCAGAACGGCGAUGUUUUGUAUUCCCACGGCCAGCUGGAGAUAGUGAACUGUCAAGGAUGGAGGAGUUGUCCGACACAGAUCUUGACGAACGAUUUCUGCUUCGUGCUGAGGAGUUCUGCAGCUAUGUGUUUAGAAAUACCAAACCAAAAACCUUAACAGGAGGCCGGGUGCUCAGUGGCAGUGCUCUGGGCAGUCUGGCUGAGGUUUAUGUGGAGGCAAUUUGCAGUGGCCAGAUUCCUUGUCUGGAAAAUGCAGUGAAUACUUUGGCUGAGAUCCAGAAUAAACAGGCAGUAGAACAGGGCUUGCAGGCUUACCAGAGUCAGCUGUUUGAGUUAGUGUGCUUUCCACUUGACCCAUCUGAGCUAUCAGACAUCCACAGAAAAGCAGAGACAGCAGCUAUUGAUGUUUUUAUCAGGACUUCCUUCAAUGACACUGAGCAAAAAGCACAGCUGAAGCUUAUGGAAGAGAUUCAGGUUGUGUAUCAGGAUCUGUGUGGUCAGAAUCGUGAGGAAUGUUUGAAUGCUUGUAAGCUGGAGCUGAAACGAGUGUUUACUCCUCUGGAGGAGGCUAUAGGUGACGGCUCCUUUAUGCGCCCUGGAGGAUACAGACAGUACCGUGAUCAACUACAGAGCUUAACAAAUGAAUACAAAGCACGCACACACAAACAGAUGAUGAGUGAGGAAGUGUUGAGCCAGUUUCUGAAUGAGAAGGAGAAGUUUGGGGAGAAUAUUCUUUUAGCUGAUCAGUGCCUCACAGAUGCAGAGCAAAACAAAGAGGUGGAGAGAUUGCGAAGGGAGAUUUUGGAGCAGAAGAACAAAUCAUUACAGGAAAUGAAGGAACUUCAGGAGCAGGCUUUAAAGGACCAGCAGAAUACCUAUGAACAGCACAUGAACCAGCUGCUGGAACGCUUGGAGAAAGAAAGGGAGAGGGCAAAGGAAGACAACGAACGAGUGCUAAACGCUAAAGUAAAAGAACAAAAGGCUCUGUUAGAAAAAGAAUUUGCAGAGAGAGCGGAUCAAAUGAAUAAAGAGAUUGAAAGUCUGAAAGAAGAGAUGAAGAGCGAGGACGAGUCAAAUCGGUCUACACUCAGUAAGAUAGUAGAUGGUGUAGGCAUUGCAGCAAGUCUGUUCCUUCCUGGCUUCAUCCCAAAAGCUGCUGGUUUUGGCAUAUCUUUUCUUUCACGAUAUAUUUAAUAAUUAUUUUUUUAACACUGUGCUGCACACAAUUCUGAUUAUUUGCUGUCCAAUUUUAAACUAGGAAAAUUUGUUUGCAGCUUUUUUUUACUUUAGCUUUUUUUUGUGGUCUGUUUAGACAAACAGAUCAAAGUGGCAAAAGUAAUCGUGAAUAUAGUGGCACAAGAGCUCUCAGAUGUGUGUUUGUUCAAUUCUUACUCAUUUUUAGCUUUUUUGAGCUUGGCUCAUUUAUUGUCCAGCAGUAUAUAUUAUCAUCCCAUCAUAUGGGUGCUUCAAAUCUGCCCAAAAUACUUGAUUGUUAAUUGUUAGGUUGCUGAGCAUAUUUGUAACUCUUUUUUUAUGCAGUGCUUGUUUACUAUUUACAAAAUAAAUUCCAGUUUUAUUUCUAAA